CAAGUUUUAUAUCCACUUAUCUUUAACUUGACUAUUUUUAUUACUUCGUGUUCCAUUACGAAGUCUAAAAUAUACCACACACAAUUUUUUGUGCACGGCUGCACCCGCGUGAAAAGUAAUUCCGGAAUAAAACUCCCGCUGUAUAUUUUCCCGGGAUAGAAAGUAGGCUUGUGUCCUUCCCAGAGUCACAAACUCCCUCCAUAGCAAAUUACAUCGCAAUCCGUUGAGUACUUAGUUGUUGAGUUUAUUGCGUUCUGAUAGGCAAACAGAUGCGGCAGAGGACUUUCGUUUUAAUACCUAUAUGUUUAGAAGUUUUUUUAGGGUAAUAAUUCCAUCAUACAUAUUUGUUGCGUUACUUUAACCGUUUACGCAAAGCACGCAAUGGAAGCACUCAAAAAGAAUACAUUUUCCCCGUUUUUGGAACAUUUUUCAUUGACGUUCCAUUCCGAUUGUUCAAAGCGUGAUGUUAUAUAGCCUUCCCCGAGAAAUGGACUAUCCAAGACUAUAAGAUUUUUUUAAUUCGCAACAGUAGUUCCAGAGCAUUUAAAAAAAAACAAACAAUUUUCACCUUUUUCUUGAAUCCUUAUGGCAUUAAUUUUCUUACAACCACUCGACACGAUUCUCAUAACGAACGAUAUGCUACUUGCGUGGAUGCUGAAGUAUAGAGUGCAACAUACACCUGUUCGUGAAACUGCACUGCGUCCAAAUCUCCACGAGUCGACUCCACGUGUGCCAUUUCAGGUGAAUCUGUCAGAUGAAGCAGUACAUCUUCUGUUUUCUGCAAACCGUUGGGAGAAAGCUGGCAACAUAAUCAAGACAUUAGAAGCUGGCACCACAAUCAUCUUAGAUAGAUACUGUUAUUCUGGUGUUGCAUUCUCUGCUGCUAAAGGUCUAGAUUUAAAGUGGUGUAAAUCACCAGAUGUGGGAUUACCUAAACCAGAUAAAGUAUUUUUUUUAACAAUGCCUUUUGAGGCUAUCAUAGAAAGGAAAGGCUUUGGGCAGGAAAGAUACGAAAUUCUAGAUUUUCAAAGAAAAGUUGUUGAUAUGUACUCACAAUUGAAAGAGGAAAACUGGGACGUUCUAGAUGCGAAUAGGACAAUUGAGGAUAUUCAAGAUGAAUUAGUCCAAAAAACAUUAGCAGUUAUAAAAAAAUCUGAAAACGAGCGUGUUGGAAAAAUUUGGGUUAAUGAAACAUGACCCCAUGGGAAGUGGUGUAUAAGUGAAAAUGAAAAUAGAGAUAUUAUAUUUCGAAUAUAG